AUGAGAAAGGAGACACAACAAAUCGAUUUGGCAUAUGCAUUCACAGACUAUUGGGCACAAAGACAGAUGAUCAAGUAUUUGUGGGCAGACAUUGGCACACCACCUAGGGGAGCAUUGACACCAUUCAAUGCAUAUGUGACACUAUCACAUGCAAGAGGGCGAGCAAACAUCCACUUGAUAUGUGACUUCAAAGAUUUGUUGUUUACAACGACACCAUGCGAAGUGCUAGAGGAGGAAGAUAAGCAGUUAGAAUGGCUUAACAGGAAAACCAAAGUCGAGUGGGAGCGGAAAAGGAGUGGGGAGUAA